AUGUUCCACUAACUUUGAGGUCCUUAUUUAGGCUUGUUUCAUAUUCACAUGUACCGUUUUCUUCCAAUACCAUUAUUUUUGGGUGAUUUUUAGUCUGCACUAUUUUCACUUUAGUUAUUGCACAUGUUACUUCCCAUUAAGCGAUGGGUUGUCAGUGCACUUUAUUUUGCCAAGUUUUAGUUUAGCUCGUCCCUGCAGCUUUUUCCUCCAACCAUUUCUGCUCGCAGGAAACGGGGCUUUCAAAUAAAGCAUAAGGUCACAUCAGCCCUUCAUCUUUUUUCUCAUGAAGUACUGGUAUGGCUGUCCCGCAGUACAUCUUCUGUAAGUGGAAAGGGCGGUUUUGGCCAGCAAAGAUUUUGGCAAGGACAGACAGCAAGAAAACGCCAUGCAGGGGAUGUACACGUUACUUGAAUGUUGAAAUAUUGGUCUCAAGUGAACAAGUUAAAGUAAAGGAUGUAAACACACGAUCUUUUGAAGAAAGGUUUCUUGAAGAAGUCUGCAGUGAACUGAAGCAAAACUGUAACCAGUCUGUGGAGCAGGGUGUCGAAGAAUUAAAUUAUCGAAAAGCAAUUCGUGCAGCAGUAGAGCUUUUAAGAGGGAAAAAAGUACCCCAUUCCAGAAGUCCAUUAGAAGGCCAGCAAACGUCCAGGCUCCGUGAGAAGAAAAAGCAAACUGAAGAUGCAGGAAGUCCCUCCAAACCAUCUUUCCAAAACAAUAAAUAUGCACCUAAAAGCUCAGAGCAGUCUUUUUCUCCUGAAAAGGAAUGUCCAGUUAAAAGAGGUAAAAAAGACUCUGGGGAUUCAUACAGAACUUUGGGUAAAUAUGCUGAGUGCAAUGCAAAACUCAGUUGUGCUAAGAAAGGUAAAACAAAAGAAGCAAGGAAAACUGUACCAGAGUCUAAGCAUGAAACUGCAAACCAGUCUGCUUUGGAUGGCAGUGACUUUGCCUGUCAUCAUCAGCAUCACAAAGGUGAAACAUGCCAAAAUGAAGCAAAACCUGUUUCACCUAUGUCACCAAAGUCCUUGCGUAGAAAAGUGCCUUACUGCCAGACUGAGACAUCUAAUGAUUGUACAGAUGAAGCCAGGAGUGAUGGCUUGUGUUCCACUUCACUGUCCCCUAUCCGUUCCAAAUUGCAGAAGACUGCAAAAGGUGCAAAAGAUGAAUGUCUUCUCCCUGCCAAGAACCUUAAUCAGUCAACACCUAAAAAAAGGAAAAUUAUAAAUGAAUUUUCAAAUUCUUCAAUCAAAGAUAAGGCAAGCAGAAAGAAGGAAGAGCUGGAUCUGGUUAAAGUACCACUUGGGACAAAGACCACACAGGGCUUGAACCAAGAAUGUGUCAUGGCCAGUAAACUAAAUGAGGCAAAUAAAAGGAAUUGUAAAGAUGAGAAACGUUUGAGGACUAGAAGCUUUCCAGAAGCUUUGCCUUUUGAAAUGCACUUGAGACACCCCAAAGCUAAUGCUUCACAAAAACAUAGUCCAAAACAGAAAAUAACUCAAAAGCGGACUAAAGUGAAGCAAGAGCUACCCGACUUUGAAACGGAUGAAAAUGAACUUGCACAUUUGGCUGGAUCGGAUCAAAGCUCUAUAGAAGAUACACAGCUGAUGAACUCCCUGCUUGAUGAUCUGGAAGAUGACGAAGAGGAAGUCGAACUUCCAAGUUUCCUGUCAGCACAUGAGCCUUGUGCAAUUGCAGAUGGAAAUUUAGUUUGGUGUAAGCUCCAGAAGUACCCAUAUUGGCCAGCAGUGGUGAAGCGUGUUAUAAAGAAGGGAAAAAAGGCAAGCGUAGUAUUUAUUGACGAUGCUUUGUCAGAGGGUAAAAAGGACAUUAAAGGUUUUACUGUAUCUUUGCGGAAGUUAAAACCUUUAGACUGUGAAGAACGUCAGCAUUUGAUAGAUGCUGCACGAGAGCGCUUUCGAAACAGCUUUGACUGGUGUAACUCACUUGUAAAUGACUACCUAAUACGACGAGGUUGUUCCUCUUUUGAAGGCACUUUCCUUGAAUAUUGUUCAUCAGAAAUGAGUUAUCCAGUUAGAAAGGAGCUAAAGCAGGGCAAUUGUGAAAUGACAUUUCCCAGUAACACAGUAGUGGAAGAAGACAGUGAUGACUUUUCAUCAGAUUCUGCACCUUCCAAAGAGCAUACCACCAAAAAAUUCUUGCCCGAUAGAGCUAAGGCAUCUAGAAAGAAAUCAAAUGCGAAACUUGUAGAUUUCAUAGUGAUGAAAAGGGGGACAGAAAAGCACCUUAAAGACAUUUUGAAGCGUAAAAAGAGCUCACGGUGGUAUGAUGAAUAUAAGAAUAGACACAGGCGCCGCAUGGCUUGGGUUGACCUUUACUUGGAAGAUGAUGAGCAGCUGGACUUAGUAGUGAACUAUCUCUUAUCACUUUGUAAUGACAAGAGCCGCACUGCUCAGGAUGUCAUGGAUGGAGACAAGACUCGGUUUGUGUUGGACGUUCUUUUGCCCGAGGCAAUCAUCUCUGCCAUUUCAUGUGUUGAAGAGCUCUCAUAUGCCAAGGCAGAAGAGAAGUAUUUGGCUGGACCAGUGUUGACAAGAAGAGAAAAGGAGGAGUUUGAACAUCAGCUCGCUGAAGAAUGCAAAGCACGAGCACAACAGAGCCGUGUCAAGCCGUCUUCCUAGACAGCAUCGCAGGUUACGUGCAUCUGUUUGCGGACAGCCGGAAAAUCUGUAUGCGAGAGCAGCAGCAGCAGGUUCUGCCCUUGUGGUAACCAGCAGUCUCGGUGCCAUGACUAGCAGAUGAUUAUGCCAUUAAAUUCUUUUAAACUUGUUUUAAAGCACUGAAGCUGUCGUCCGCUACUGGUAGCAUCCAGUGAAUUAGCAGUUUUUGCAUUGUGAAGAGAAGCACUUUGUAGUUCUUGUACUGAAUGUAAUGAAUAAAAAAACAAGGGCUACAUAAAAUCUUGAAUGUAAACCAAACUGGAGACUGAGGGACAUGAACUUAACAGAAAUAGGCUUUUUUUUCUCUCUCUCCACUCUUUUGGGAAAUCUCUUUGUGAUUUUAUCCUACCCCCCCCCCCCCCCGACACACACACACGGAAACAGAAGAAUGUACAUAGCAUCUACUAUUUCUCAUGGUUAUCUAGGCUUUGUAUCAUGAGUCAGGAGAUUGACAGACGUUUGAAUAAAUACAGAACCAGUUCCAAGAUGGUAUGACCUCAGACUUGGCUGGUCCUUUGUAUGGGUAUAUUUUGUUUUUAUUUAGUGAAUUUUACUUUUAGGUUUCCAAAAUAUGAGUUGUCAAUAGACUGUACUAUAUCCCAUCUCAUGGUGUGCAUUUGCAGUUUUUUGUUUGUUGGACCAGAAUGUUGAUUUCUAGUGUUUUUAAUUCUUUUGUUUUUCUGUUACCCUGCUGCUGCAUUGGUAGCACCUGCCUUUGGAAUCUCACCAACUCCAUAAGUCUGUCAUCUUAUCUAUCCUCAGAUUAAUUGGAAAGGGUCUUGGUACCUUGGUGGCUUUUGCUUCUUGAUUUUACAUUGCAAAGACAUUUGAAUUUGUGUAACUUUACAUUUGUAUGUUGGAAGUUGUGGUUGGUAAUAUCAAUUCUAGUUAUGUAACUCUGCACAUUUGUUUGCCCGAAACCACGAGUCUGAUAAUAUCAUUUCCACAGUGAAAUUUUAGCAAGGAGUGGUACCUGUUUUUUUUUUUUUUCAUUGCAGUCUUCCCUUGCCAAGGAAUGUAUUAAAUGCUUUGAUGUAAUAGUAUGUCAGUGUCAGCCACAGCUGCUUAUCUCUGCACAUGUGGAGCUAUUUCAUAAACUAAUCCCAAAGGAUAUAGAAA